GGGAUUGCCGCCCUCAGUCUUGCCUCACUAUAAAAUUCCUUGUUUGCUUUUUCGCAGAUCGCAUCUGCGCCGCGGAUUACGCGCCCUGGCGGUUUGAUUUGUCUGGUCAUUUUUGUCACUUUCCGAAUACGGAAAUAUGUUUUCAUUUUCAGGGGCCCAACAGCACGGCAGCAUGAACAUGACGCAGACCUCUGACGCCCCUGCCAGACACCAUCCCUCACUCUCACCAGAGAUCGGCUCACGGGCGGUGCAAAUUCCCCUCGGUACUCAGACGCCCGCCAUCUCCCAAAUAGAAGCCUUAUUAGAAUCAAUCGUGGAUGCAGUCUGCACUGGCAACGAGCUCGUGAUUCCUUAUCAAAGCAUUCGAUCUCCCAAUCAUGGGGCCAACUCACAGCCGAGACAUGGCGAAAGCCGCCCGCUUGACGUCGUAAAAUUUCCAGGGCGGACAGUCCAGGAGGCAAAGAGGUUUGAAGCUCUCUUCCGUAUCAUUGAGAUGUCACACGAAGCGCUCCUCUCUGGAAACUUGAUUACGAAAAGAAACAUUUACUACCAGAACCCCGACCUGUUUCGGUCGCAGAGCGUGGUGGACGACAUGGUGGAUAACCUCGCCUUUACUCUGGGAGUUGGCCGCGAGGAUUUGAGCAUCGUUGCUGCAGCGAAGGGCCUGAUCUCUGGGCCCAUUGACCUCAUCCUUCGCGACGGUUCCACCCACAGCUGCGAUAUCGCGGGUGACACGGGGUCCCUGUUGCCGUCGAUCAGUUCCAUACAGAAGAUUAACUUUCGCGCGACGCGAUGGGUCUUGGUCAUUGAGAAAGAGGCGACAUUCCGGACGUUGGCUGCUUCCCAGUAUUCCACCACUUCUCGGGCGGGACAUGGAAUCCUUAUAACGGCGAAGGGAUUCCCAGAUCUAACCACAAGACGUUUCCUAUCCGUCUUGAGUACACUCCGGCCCGAGCUGGAGUUGUUUGUCCUGGUUGACUUUGACCCUCACGGGGUUGCCAUAAUGCGGACAUACCGAUAUGGGAGCCGGCGCUUGGAUCACGAGGAGAAUGCCACAGCGCCGAAGCUUCGAUGGCUGGGCAUCAUCAGCGACGACAUCUUCAACGAGGCCGCGCACGUUCAAGGAACUAGCGACAUCGGUCACAGCCAGGCUAGCCAGGGAACGGCCAGCCAAGUGUCCGUGGCCGAUUCUUUUGACGGAUCGCAGAGUGAGAGGCCAACAAAAAGGGCGAGGACUAACAAGCUGCAAAGACGGGGGCCGAGCGAAUCGAUUCUUCCUCUCACCCGGCACGACAGGCGGAAAGCCGUUGAAGUAAUGAAGGAGGUGUCUGGCGCAGAAAGCAUGAGCGAUGAUGGGGCGGAGCAGAUGCGUGAGCUGCAGCGGAUGUUGAUGCUCAACAUCAAGGCUGAGAUACAGGCGGUCGACAACUAUGGGGACAUUUCGGAGUGGCUGGAUGGGAAGCUGAGCAAACAUGUAGUUUAAUAUAUUCCGGGGUGAUCUCGGC